AGAGCGGCAGUAUGCCUGUGUAUCUGCUGGUGCAAUCGAAGGAGGCUAAUGCAACUUCAAGGAGCAGCAGAGGCUGGUUCAUUAUUUCAGACAAUUGAUUCUCGAUGUGAAAGUGCUGGAGCUGUCCGAGUUCGAACACCUGUCAGAACUGGAUGCGUUAUUCAUGGCUGGAUCUGAGAGACUCUUUUGGCUUCUGUUUGAUUUCAAGUGACAAAUAUUUUUGACUAUAGCUGAAAAAGCAAAGUUAGCUGUAUCCCCUUUUUUCUCUUUCUCAGAAACACAACGCAACAUUGAAACCCUCACCCAUUCCUCUUCGAGUCAUCCUUACCCAAACAUGUCCACCCAGUUACUGGCGGCUUUCUUACUGCUGUCUGUUUUCCACGCCUGUUCCCAGAAAGUUCACGAUGAGGACGAGUACGAUGACGUGACAGUCAACCAAAUGCUGGCCCCCAAAGCUCACGAGACAGACGCCACUCAAAUACUGAACAAUUUGCUGAAGGAGUACGAUAAGAAACUUCGACCAGACAUUGGAAUAAAACCAACAGUCAUAGAUGUGGACAUUUAUGUUAACAGCAUCGGACCAGUGUCAUCAAUAAAUAUGGAAUACCAAAUAGACAUCUUUUUUGCUCAGACGUGGACUGAUAGCCGCCUUAGAUUCAACAGCACAAUGAAAAUACUGACACUGAACAGCAAUAUGGUCGGGCUCAUUUGGAUACCAGACACCAUCUUCAGAAAUUCUAAAACAGCAGAGGCCCACUGGAUUACAACACCCAAUCAGCUCCUCAGAAUAUGGAACGAUGGCAAAAUUUUAUAUACAUUGAGGCUUACCAUCAACGCAGAAUGCCAGCUGCAGCUGCAUAACUUUCCCAUGGAUGAACACUCUUGCCCACUAAUAUUCUCCAGCUAUGGGUACCCUAGAGAUGAAAUAGUUUAUAAGUGGAGAAAAAACUCAGUGGAAGCAUCGGACCAAAAAUCCUGGCGACUUUACCAGUUCGACUUUAUGGGUCUAAGAAACACCACUGACGUAGUGACAACAACUGCAGGUGAAUAUGUGAUAAUGAGCGUGUACUUUGAAUUAAGUAGAAGGAUGGGAUACUUUACCAUUCAGACCUACAUUCCCUGCAUACUGACUGUAGUCCUGUCGUGGGUCUCCUUCUGGAUUAAGAAAGAUGCCACGCCUGCCAGAACAGCACUUGGCAUCACCACAGUGCUGACCAUGACCACGCUGAGUACAGUAGCACGGAACUCGCUGCCGCGGGUCUCCUACGUCACAGCGAUGGAUCUGUUUGUCACAGUGUGCUUCUUGUUUGUGUUUGCGGCGCUGAUAGAAUACGCAGCCCUCAAUUACUACUCCAGUGUAGGGAAGCCCAGAGGUACAAAGAAGAAAAAGCAGGCCCGGUGUCUUCAGCAGAUCCUGUGUUUGAGAAGCUUGGUGAAGAAGCAGAACUACUCAGUGCUUGACCUGGGACCUCCUCCCACAGUCAUCACAUUGAACAAUUCCAUGUACUGGCAGGAGCUGGAGGAAUCCUGCAUGUACGAAUGCCUGGACGGUAAAGACUGUCAGAGUUUCUUCUGCUGCUACGAGGAAUGUAAAUCAGGCGGCUGGCGGAAAGGCCGAAUCCACAUAGACAUCUUAGAAUUAGACUCGUACUCCAGAGUCUUCUUCCCCACCUCAUUCCUGCUGUUCAAUAUAGUCUACUGGGUGGGCUACCUCUAUCUUUAACUGUAUCUGUUGUACUGAAGAACACUGCCGUGGUACACACUCGUCAUGGGGAUAGUAUGAAAAACCCUUCAAGGUAAAACUCACUGGGUUUGCUUAAGACUUACAGUAGACCCUAUCCUUUGUAAUCUUUUUGUAACUGCUCUAAAUUAUUGCAAUUCCUUUUAACCCAAACAGAAGAGAGAGCCUAUAGCUCUUAUUGGGCCAGGGUUUUCACAGGUAGCUGCUUUCACAAGUAACCCUGUCUUUUAUUUCAGGUACCAAAAAAAGAAAAUACAUAGAUACAUUCUGUUCAAAUACUCUCUGCUUUCCCGUUUCAUGCAGUGUAUUACCAGGGGUUUAGGAGAUGGAUUCACUGGGUAGAAAAAAGAUAAACAUAUCCUCCUUCAGGUAGCAGUCAAAGAAGGAUGUAAGUUGUAUGAGUGACAUUCAGCAACAUUCAGUGCCUUCUUUGGGAGGAGCAACUGUGAUCUCUUGCUGGGGUGCACAAUAUCAUAAACAAGGGAUACCCGUCAUUUUUGACUGGUUGCUGAUAGUUAUUAAUUAUGUUCUCUGAGGAACUCCCAUAAUAAUUGCACAGCAUAAAACAUGUAGAUUAAUCAGUUAAGCUGUGUGCAAUGUAAUCAAAGAAUGUCAUCAUGUUAUAAUGGAAAAAUACAAGGUAACUUUAAGUGUCUCUAAUUAUUGUGUAUUCACAUACUAGUGACAUUGUAAAUACAUGUGUACUUACACAUUAUUACAAUGUUAAUAUGCAUAGUUACAUUGUACUUAAUGUGUAAGUCUUUGCAAUAUAUGUAAGUACACAAUUGUAUCAAAAAAGAGUCAGGGUUUGGGUUAGGGUUAGAGUUAGGUUUAGUGUUAGGGGGUCAGAGUUAGGGUUAUGGGGAUUAGAGUAGGGUUAGGUUUAGUGUUAGGGUUAGGGUUAGGGUAGGGUUAGGGUUGUAAUGUGCAUUUUUUUACACAUUAAGUA